UCCUCGUCCUCCAGUCUCUACGCGACGCUGCCGGCCACGGCAGAGACGCAGCUAGCCGCUAAGAUGUCGGACCUGCAGAGCCAGACCCGGUACCGCGAGGACGGACUGAAGUCCCGGUCCCAGAGUUUCUACUCUCAGCUCCCCGAGACCUCGGAGACGCAGCUAGCUAGGACGGUGUCGGAGCUGCAGAGCAACGUGAAGUACAAGGAGGCUAGCAGGAAGGAGGCUAGCAGCUGUCUGUACCAUCAGCUGCCGGAAACCCUGGACACGCUACAUGCUAAAGAGGCUAACGAGCUGCAGAGUCAGGUAAAGUACCGCGACGGCAGGAAGGAUCUGAGCGUGAGUCUGUACUCGCUGCUGCCGGAGACGGUGGAGACUAAGCUAGCUAAGGCCGCGGCGGCGCUGCUGAGCCAGGUCCGGUACCAGCAGGAGGGAAAGCGGGUCGUCGGCAGCAGCUUUUUCCACCAGAUGUUUCAGACGAAGGAGACGGAGUUUCUGAAGGAGAUCCAAGACCUGCAGAGUCAGUCCAAGUACAGGAAGGACGUGGAAGAUCUGGCCAACAGUCUGUACUCGCUGCUGCCGGAGACGCUGGAGACGAGAUUCGUCAAAGAGAUGGAGGAGACGCACAGCCAGAACAAAUACACGGCGGCCGGGAAGAAGCAGCUGGUCAAGUCUCUGUACCAUCUGCUGCCGAAGACGCAGGAAACGCAGCACGCUAAGGAGCUAACGCAGCUAUACAGCGAGAAGUGGUACCGGGACGAGGGCCGGAGGGUUGCUGGUUCCAGUCUCUACUCCCUGAUGCCCCAGACCAUCGAGACCGUGCUGGCCCGGCAGCACACCAGGACCAGGAGUGACAAGUUCUACAAGGAGCAGUACAACCGGGAGAAGGGAAGGUCCAGUUACAGCAGCAUGGCGGUGCUGCCGGAGGUGGAGCGGGCCAUGGAGGUGAACCGGACCCAGAGCCAGGUGGUCUACAGGUCCCAGCAGAACCAGAACCGCUGCAGCUCCACGGCCGACCGGCCCGACAUCGUCUCGGCUACCAACGCCUCCAAGCUGGCUAGUGAGGUGUCGUACCGGAGUCAGAAACCCGUCCUCAGCGACGGAUCCCUGCUAGCUAGAACCGACAUCCUGCACGCUAACGCCGUGUCCAAGCUAACCAGCCAGGUGCAGUACAGGGAGAAGGGCCAGAGGCCGAACUACAACCCGCUGGACUGCUGCUCCUUCAGGACGCAGCAGGCCGCCGCCGCGCUGGCUAGCACGGUGAAGUACCGGACCCAGAACCAGAACCAGAACCAGAACCAGAGACCUGCAGGAUCCCUGGACCUGCCCAACCUGCUGCAGCUGGAACACGUGCUGCAGGCCAGCCGGCUGCAGAGCAACGUCCAGUACAGGAGGAAGGACCAGACCAAGUCUCACUACAGCGUUGCCGUGGAUACGGCCGAGCAGCAGCAUCACCGGGAGAACCUGCUGCACAGCCAGGUCCGGUACCGGCAGGACUACCACCAGAACAAGGCCCGGUACCAGAUGGAAUUCUGUGACACUCAGAACUACAAGGUUUCCAGAGAAGCCCAGAAGAUGCAGAGUGAGGUUUUGUACCGGAGAGACUACGAGCAGCAGGUUAAAGGUCGAGCUCUGCUGGACGUGGACCAGACUCCUGCUUACCUGACGGCCCGCUACGCUAGCAGCCUGCUCAGUGAGAAGGAAUACAGGAAGGACCUGGAGCAGGAAGUGAAGGGGCGGGGCUUGUCCGGGAUCGGCCUGGAAGAAACUCCCGAGUUACUGAGGGUGAAACAAGCCACUCACAUCCUGAGUGAGAAGGAAUACAGGAAGGACCUGGAGCAGGAAGUGAAGGGGCGGGGCUUGUCCGGGAUCGGCCUGGAAGAAACUCCAGAGUUACUGAGGGUGAAACAAGCCAAUCACAUCCUGAGUGAGAAGGAAUACAGGAAGGACCUGGAGCAGGAAGUGAAGGGGCGGGGCUUGUCCGGGAUCGGCCUGGAAGAAACUCCAGAGUUACUGAGGGUGAAACAAGCCACUCACAUCCUGAGUGAGAGGAAGUACCGGGAGGAGGCGGAGCGUCUCAGGGGUUCAGGUUUCAGCCUCGGCCCCGAAACUCCCGACAUGCUGCGGGUCCGAGCCAAUCAGAGACAGCUCAGCUCGGUCCAGUACUGCUGGGACUCUAAACUGAUGAGGGGUCUGAUGGCCUCCGUCCCCGAGACCCCCCAGACCCUGCUGGCCAAGGAGAACAGCAAGACCUGCAGCCAGGUCCAGUACCGGGACCAGCUGGGUCAGGGAACCGCCGUCAUGGAAACACCUGAGAUGGAGCGAGUCAGACGGAACCAGGAGAACAUCAGCUCCGUGAAGUACAAGCAGAGCGUCGCCGCGGCAACGAGUGUUGGAGUCACUCCGGAGGUGGAGAGAGUGAAACAGAACCAGGAGAACAUCAGCUCGGUCCAGUACCGGGACCAGGUGGGUCAGGGAACCGCCGUCAUGGAAACACCUGAGAUGGAGCGAGUCAGACGGAACCAGGAGAACAUCAGCUCCGUGCGGUACCAGCGGGGGCUGCAGGAGCUGAGGGGGCGGAGCCACACGGAGCUGGACACACCUGAGUACCGGCGGGUCCGGAAGAGCCAGGACUCCGUCUCCAUGGCUAAAUACCAUGAGGACUUUGAGCGCUCGCGCCGCCGCGGCUCCACGCCCGGAUUGGACGACGCGGUAGCGGAGCGCUACCAGAGGACCAAUCAGGGGGAGGCUGGCUACGGGAGGGCGGAGUCAGACCGCUACCAGAGGACCAAUCAGGGGGAGGCUGGCUACGGGAGGGCGGAGUCAGACCGCCGGCCCGGCGGCAUCAUCGUGGACCUGACGGUGUUCCGCUCCGACCCCGGCUCCAUCUUCGACUACGACCCGGUGGAGGACGAGCUUCAGUCCCGGAGCCUCCGCCGGAUCUCCGAGCGCUGGGACCGCCGGCCGAGCCGGCCCCCGUCCCAGCUGAGCCAGAACCAGAGCCGGCCUCAGUCCGUCAGCUCGCUGGCCUCGGACCCGUGGGACCGCAGCAGCGCCGGCACCCCUGCUCCCGUCCUGCCCGGCGCCUACACCCACCAGGUCCAGCAGAACCAGAACCAGAACCAGAACCAGCACGGCUACAUGCACCAGACCAGCAUGAGCUCGGUCCGGUCCGUCACCUCGCCGAGUAUGCGUGCGUACCGGGCUCUGUACGACUACGCGGCUCAGGAUCACGACGAGGUUUCGUUCCGCGACGGCGACGUCAUCGUGAACGUGCAGCCGAUCGACGAGGGCUGGAUGUUCGGGACCGUCCAGCGGACCGGCCGCUCCGGCAUGCUGCCCGCUAACUACGUGGAGUUCUGCGCCUGAGGCCGGCAGGAAGCAGGAAGUCCGGAGGACCGGACACUUUCACAAUAAAAGCCACUCUGUGUUUGUUUUCAAAGCACCUGCUGAUGUUCUUUAUAUUUCAGGGUUUGUUUCCUUU